AUCAGCGCAAGUAUCUUUCUGUCCUUUUCGUAUCUCGUUUCGUUGGUGUUUCUGUUCGCGUGCGAAGCGACUCGCUUGAAGGCUAGGCGAGGACGCAGUCUGCAAGAGCUGGGAUCGGAGCAGGCAGAGGAGCAUUAUUGAUCAUCUCGAGCUACAGACGCAGAUGCUGAGAGUCCAGCCCUCAUGAUACGAACGACGAUGCGCUCCGUCGCGCUCCUCACCCUCUCUCUCGUCCCACACGUCCUCUCACAAACAGUAUCCACCUCCGCAAAACGCGGCCUCGCCCACGUCGAAACGAGCGAAGCAAGCGACAACCACUUCUGGACCUCUGGCGAUUUAACAUGGUACUACAACUGGGGGCCAACGCCGGACCCAGCACUCGAUAACACGCCCCUCCAAUUCGUCCCCAUGCUCUGGGGAGAAGCACAAUCCAAAAACCAAAACUUCUACACCCAAGUCAAAAACCAAAUCGACAGCGGUCGAAAUGUAACCUGGGUCCUGGGCUUCAACGAACCCGACGGGUGUCACGGCGUAUACGGCGGAUCAUGCCUAGACGCAGAAACAGCAGCAGAGAUUUGGAUACGUGAAAUCGAACCUCUGAAAGAUUUGGGCGUCAAGUUGGGUGCGCCAGGUGUGACGGGUGCCCCCACGGGUUUCAAUUGGUUGCGGAACUUCUUCACAGCAUGUGAUGGAAAAUGUACGCCCGAUUUUAUCCCGAUUCACUGGUAUGGAGAUUUCCAAGGACUGGCGAGCCAUGUUGGUCAAGUGAAUGCAACGUAUCAAAAUAUGACCAUGUGGGUGACAGAAUGGGGUUUUCCGGAUCAGAAGCUGGAGGAUACGCAGGACUUUUAUAAUCAGUCUGUUGCGUUCUUUGACAGGAUAGACUACAUAACGCACUACUCCUAUUUCGGAGCGUUCCGGUCCUCAGUCUCGAAUGUUGGCCCCAACAGCGCCAUGUUGACGCAGAAAGGCGAGCUCACCGACAUUGGAGCAUGGUAUUUGGGUGAUGCUGCGACUGGGAAUAUACCCAGAGGUGAUGCGCCACGUAUUGCCCGAUUUGCUGGCUCCUUCGUGCUGGUUGUUGCAGCAGGAUUCUGGUGCCUGGGAUGAUCUGAAACGUCAGAAGGAUACGAUUCCAUUCAAUGCAGUUUAUUAGAGAUAGACCAUGGCAUGGCGCGUUCGGGAACUGGGCAUUUAUGACAGCGCAUGCAGAAUUUUUGACUAGCUAAUCGUUGAUCGCAGACGUCUGCAUUUUGUGGACUACAGCGAAUUUGAUGCCACAACAC